CCAUCGUAGUCACGGUAGACCGCAACAGUCAGUCGGUUGUCAACAAGUCCGAAGUCGGAGCUUCUCAGACUAUUGGAGAAGGUCAACUGGAGGCUCAUCAUAGGCUCCACGAACUUACCCCCUUGCGUUUCUCUAGGAGAAGACUUUCAUGUGAACACAGAGACCACUGAGGUGGUAGCCAAACAUGUCAAAUCUCAGCAAAGGCGGCACCAAAAAGGACACCAAGAUGAGGAUACGAGCUUUUCCUAUGACGAUGGACGAGAAGUACGUGAACAACAUCUGGGACCUCCUGAAGAACGCCAUCCAGGAGAUCCAGCGGAAGAACAACAGCGGCCUGAGCUUCGAGGAGCUGUACAGGAACGCCUACACCAUGGUGCUGCACAAGCAUGGCGAGAAGCUCUACACGGGCCUACGGGAGGUUGUCACCGAGCACCUCAUCAACAAGGUACGGGAAGAUGUGCUGAAUUCCCUGAACAACAACUUCCUGCAGACAUUAAACCAAGCCUGGAACGACCACCAGACAGCCAUGGUGAUGAUCCGGGAUAUUCUCAUGUACAUGGAUCGAGUGUAUGUCCAGCAGAACAAUGUGGAGAACGUCUAUAAUCUAGGGCUCAUCAUCUUCCGGGACCAGGUGGUCCGGUAUGGCUGCAUCCGGGACCACCUCCGCCAGACCCUGCUGGACAUGAUCGCUCGGGAGAGGAAAGGAGAAGUGGUAGACAGGGGGGCCAUACGCAAUGCCUGCCAGAUGCUAAUGAUCUUAGGCCUUGAAGGUCGAUCUGUCUAUGAAGAGGACUUUGAGGCCCCUUUCUUAGAAAUGUCUGCAGAGUUCUUCCAGAUGGAGAGCCAGAAGUUCCUGGCGGAGAACAGCGCCAGCGUGUACAUAAAGAAGGUGGAGGCACGGAUCAAUGAGGAGAUUGAGAGGGUGGUGCACUGUCUGGACAAGUCGACGGAGGAGCCCAUCGUGAAGGUGGUGGAGCGGGAGCUCAUCUCCAGACACAUGAAGACCAUUGUAGAGAUGGAGAACUCAGGCCUCGUGCACAUGCUGAAGAACGGCAAGACGGAAGACCUGGCGUGUAUGUAUAAGCUGUUCAGCAGGGUUCCUAACGGCCUGAAGACGAUGUGUGAGUGUAUGAGCUCGUACCUGCGGGAGCAAGGCAAGGCUCUGGUGUCUGAGGAGGGAGAGGGCAAGAACCCCGUCGACUACAUCCAGGGUCUACUGGACUUGAAGUCUCGCUUCGAUCGCUUUCUUCAGGAGUCCUUCAGCAACGACCGCCUUUUCAAGCAGACGAUUGCUGGCGACUUUGAGUACUUCCUCAACUUGAACCCUCGCUCGCCCGAGUACCUCUCUCUCUUUAUCGACGACAAACUAAAGAAGGGUGUGAAAGGGCUGACAGAACAGGAGGUGGAGUCCAUCCUGGACAAGGCCAUGGUACUGUUCCGGUUCAUGCAGGAGAAGGAUGUGUUUGAGCGCUACUACAAACAGCACCUGGCCAGGAGACUCCUCACCAACAAGAGUGUGUCCGACGACUCGGAGAAGAACAUGAUUUCAAAACUGAAGACAGAGUGCGGCUGUCAGUUCACGUCCAAACUGGAGGGCAUGUUCAGGGACAUGAGCAUCUCCAACACCACCAUGGACGAGUUCCGCCAGCACCUGCAGACUACCGGGGUGUCUUUGGGUGGCGUUGACCUCACCGUGAGGGUCCUGACCACAGGUUACUGGCCCACUCAAUCAGCCACACCCAAAUGCAACAUCCCCCCCUCACCAAGACACGCAUUCGAGGUCUUUAGAAGGUUUUAUUUGGCUAAGCACAGUGGCCGGCAACUCACAUUGCAGCACCACAUGGGCUCAGCGGACCUCAACGCCACCUUCUAUGGGCCAAUCAAAAAGGAGGAUGGCUCCGACGUGGGCGUAGGAGGUGCUCAGGUGACGGGCUCCAACACGCGGAAGCACAUUCUGCAAGUCUCCACCUUCCAGAUGACCAUACUCAUGCUCUUCAACAACAGAGAGAAGUCCACCUUCGAGGAGAUCCAGCAGGAGACGGACAUUCCGGAGCGGGAGCUGGUGCGGGCGCUGCAGUCCCUGGCAUGCGGGAAGCCUACCCAGCGGGUGCUCACCAAGGAGCCCAAAUCCAAGGAGAUCGAGAACGGCCACGUGUUUACGGUCAACGACCAGUUCACCUCCAAACUGCAUAGAGUCAAGAUCCAGACAGUUGCUGCUAAACAAGGUGAGUCAGACCCCGAGAGAAAAGAGACACGACAGAAAGUGGACGACGACCGAAAACACGAAAUUGAGGCGGCGAUCGUCCGCAUCAUGAAGUCCCGGAAGAAGAUGCAACACAAUGUGCUGGUAGCAGAGGUCACUCAGCAGUUGAGGGCGCGAUUCCUCCCCAGUCCCGUGGUCAUUAAGAAGCGCAUUGAAGGACUCAUUGAGAGGGAAUACUUGGCGAGAACACCAGAAGACCGCAAAGUCUACACUUACGUAGCAUAAAUGUGGUGUGAAUUUCAAAACCGAAACCUGCCGUGGAGUGAAAGGGGGUGCAGGAGCGUCAUUGUUGGGACUUGGUCAAGCGCAUGAACUGGGAGCCUGUUGGUGGUGUUUUUUGUUUUGUUUUUGCUUUCUUUCUCUCUCUUUUUUUUUCUUUUUCUUUUUUUUUUUUUACAUUUAUUUUUUUUUUAUAUUGCUACCAGGGAAAGCUGAGAAGUUAACCUUUAACCUUCUGUAUGGACUCGUUCGACAUAGUUCUUAGCGAUUCACACGAAAGCCUUCCAAAGGACCCCAUGGAGUUGGAUCAGAUUCAGCUCUGGGCCUGUACGCGAGAUGACUGUCUCUGUGAGAGAACUGUGGGUAGAGUCGCGCUGGAGCCAAUAAACCUGACACAGAAUUACAGCAGACGUGUCCAAAUAAAAUAAGACUGAUUCUCUGGUCAGGGUUGGCACCGCGAGACCGUUCAGGUCACCAGGAAAUACGUCGACUUUCCCCAGAUUUAUUUUUGUUUGUUUAAGCUUCUUUCCCCUUCCAAUGCUGGUGUAACCGUGUUUGUAGUCUCUGCCACCAUGUUGGUCAUACAGGUUGGUUCAAACUCGCGACUGCCUGCAGAAGAUUUUAAAAUGGAGGUUGCUGUUGUUAGGUAUCGGUGAGCCGUUGUAGAUGCUUCAGAGCAUGCAUUUCUGAAGAGGGGUGGAAUAACUUUUGAGGCUUAUAGAAGUGGUUUCAUUGUCUUUUUAUUUCAACUUUUCCCCCCCUUAUUUGGCAUGGCCAAAUGUAAAAUGUAAUAAUUUUUUUGUAGGAUCCUUCAGGUGCAGUUUCACAAGAGGAUUUUUUGUUGCUUGUUUUGGGGUUUUUUCGAGCAAAAGAAGGAACAUCAGGAGAACCAUGUCUCAAUGUGUAAAAAUUGUAAAAUAAUUGUUAUUGUACUCACUGAUGUGGACUGUACAGGGCCUUGUUUUCAUCAUUAUUAAAUGUAGAAAAAGGAGGAAAAAAUAAAUGGAUUUGCUGCUUUGAGUCA